UAAUAUGAAGCUCAAAGACUAGAUGUACUGUGAUGGUAAAAAGUUGUUUCCAGGCGGACUAAAUCUCUAAAUCUGUACUAAGUCAUCGUACAACGCCUUUAAAUAAUAAUGGUAUCCAUAGCAACCAACAUACGGGCACUGCCCACUCUGGUUAACCUGUGUGAACCUGUCUCGACGGGAAACUUUCUUGGUAACCCUCCGCUGUUGCACUGAGGCGGAGGUUUACAGCUAGCUUCCCCAGCGGUUAGCAGCUCAACUUUUCUUCACUCCAGCUAGCUGAGAUUGUGUGCCUGGAAAGCAAAGUCCAAAUGUUUAUCAGCAGAUUCCUCCCAACAGUUCAGGAUCAUUUCCCGGAAGCGCUGAAGGAAAGGCCGACCACGGACACGGACGGCUUCCUGCAGCUGCCUCUCGGUUCCUCCUCCCUCCUCUCAGCCUCAUGGCCUCGUCUCCUCCUCAAAACUUCUCCUGGGUGGAAGCGGGGCGGCUGGCCGGGCUGGCCAUGCCCCGGAUGCCGUGCGAUUACCGGUAUCUCUCAGACAACGGCAUCAAACACCUGGUCUGCCUCUGCGAGAGGAAACCUCCCAACCACGAGGCCUUUCCAGAGUUGCAGCUUCACCACAUUAAGAUCGUCGACUUCACUCCUCCAUCGCCGGCCCAGAUCGAUCGAUUUCUGUCCAUCGUGGAGGAGGCCAACGCCAAGAAGGAGGGCGUGGCCGUCCACUGCAUGCACGGCUUUGGCAGAACCGGCACCAUGCUGGCCUGCUACCUUGUGAAGAGCCGCAAGAUUUCUGGGAUCGACGCCAUCAACGAGAUCCGCAGGAUGAGAGCCGGGUCCAUCGAAACCACGGAGCAGGAGAAGGCGGUGGUCCAGUUCUAUCAGCGCAUCAAGUGACCUCCUCUACGAUGAAGGACGGCCCCCUGAGAACAGGUGAUCCGACCCGGAGCUCUGGUUUGGGGUUUCAGACGUCCUGUCAGAGGCGGCGAACGCCGUCCGUCUGCUGUGGUCUCUGGACUCAUGCGCUGGACGGCGGGGAGAAGAGGCGCUGACGCUCCCUGAAGGGGAGCUUCUCCGGGGCCGAGCUCCUCCACAGUCUCUCCUUCCUGAAAACAAAACUUGAAUUUUAUUUUGAAAAAAUGUUUUUUACUCAGGAUCAGUGGUGCUGAUGUUUCCAUGGACUCACUCUGCUGGUGUCGGGUCGUUGGUUCUGUUCUGUUUCAGUCCAGUUCCUGAGAGAAACACCAGAACGUUGUUCAUGUUUCUGAAGCCGGUUCCCAUUAAACCGUUCUCACCUGA